CCAUAACCUCUGUCACCCAUGUUUGCUUCCAUUUCUUCCUCUCAAACCAAACACAAUCAGUAAAAAGGCUUCCAUAUCUUCAAUAAUAAGAAACAAAACCCAGGUUCUUGAGUGAAAUUGGAGCUCGAAGUUUUCUGGAAUGGAGUGGGUUCGGGGAGAAACGAUUGGAUCUGGAAGCUUCGGCACUGUGAAUUUGGUGUUACCUAAAACAGGGUUUUCGGGAUCAUCAUUCAUGGCUGUCAAGUGUUGUGAAACUAAUAACUCGGCUUCUCUCAAGAAUGAGAAACAGGUGCUCCACCAACUUGGUUUCUGCCCCCAAAUCAUCAGUUGUUUCGGCGACGAUUUUACUGUUGAGAAUUGUGGGAAAUUUUACAAUCUGUUCUUGGAGUAUGCUGAUAAAGGAAGCUUGGCCGAUCACCUUCAGCAAAACGGUGGGAAAUUGAUGGAAUCCGAUGUUAAAAGAUUUGCAAGAUCGAUACUGAAAGGGCUAAACUUCAUCCAUUCCAAAGGGUUUGUUCAUUGUGAUAUCAAGCUUCAAAAUGUUCUUUUGUUUGGUAAUGGGGAUGUGAAGAUAGCUGAUUUUGGAUUGGCAAAGAGAAAGGGUGAAAAACAGAGGAGGCAUGAAAUCAGGGGAACGCCUUUGAGUAUGGCCCCUGAGUCUAUCAAUGGAAACGUUUAUGAUUCGGGGGUGGAUAUUUGGGCACUUGGAUGCGCUGUUGUUGAGAUGUUUACUGGGAAACCAGCUUGGAACUUGAAACCAGGAGCCAACAUGGCGGAUUUGUUGAUUAAAAUCGGGGCCAGUGAUGAAUUGCCUGGAAUUCCAAGGGAGUUAUCUGGGGAAGGAAAAGAUUUUCUGGUUAAGUGUUUUUCUAGGGAUCCAAACAAGAGAUGGACAGCUGAGAUGCUCCUGCAACAUCCUUUCAUGGCCGGCGAUGAUGAACCGGUUCCAUCAACGUCUUCACGAGGUUGUGUUGAAGAAAUCGCAAUAACCCCAAGAUGUACUUUGGAUUUCCCAGAUGGGGUUUGGAGUGAAUCGAUUUUAGGGGAAAAUUCAAGCAUGUUUUCAUCGGCUUUGGAUCGGAUUCGUGAAUUGGCAUGUGAUGAGGCACCUAACUGGGGUUUUAGCGGCAGCUGGAUGAGGUUGAGGUAGAAUAAGAUGAUGGAAUAGCCAAUUUUAUUAGAAAACAUUAGUGGACUGACUUUGUGCUGAUUCAGAGUUCUGAUUGGCCACAGAUUGUACAGACCAUUAUUUAUUUAUUCAUUUCCCAUAGGCGGCUUCGGUUCAACUUCUGUGUUCCAACUACAUUUUGAUUGCAAUCAUCCUUUUUAUUUAUUUUGGUUGUCACAAUUCAGCUUACCAAUCCCUGUGUUGUAUUCUCAAAGUCUAAACAACUUUGAUUCCCAUAAGAUGUUGCAGUGUGAACUCAUUCCUUCCUUUAAAAAAAUAUUUCUGACUCCAAAAACACUUUUGAAAGAAAA